UUUUAAUUCAAGACCCGGAUAAUCACGGUUAGCAGCGCUUCACAAAACAAAAAGGGAAAGUAGUUGGAGCUGUGGGCUACCUGGGGAAUGUGUUGGAUCCAUGAACACUCGUCGCCGUCACGGUCCUAGGAGCAGCCAGGAAGGGGUGUACACUGGGCCUUCACAGACCCAGUUCCAGUUGGCACCACCGCUGGAGACCCCUCGGGCUAUCCCUCCUGUAGACAACAGCGGUAUGUCCUGCCGAGACCGCACCAGUGAGUUUCAGUCUGUGUGUAAGUCUCUACAAGGGAGACAGAAUGGAGCACACGCCGUUAAACCAGUUCACACUGCAGUCAGGCAACGGAGUGACUUCACUCUCAUGGCAAAGCGAAUUGGUAGAGACCUUAGCAAUACUUUUGCCAAGUUGGAAAAGCUCACAAUACUUGCCAAAAGAAAAUCCCUCUUCGAUGACAAAGCAGUAGAGAUUGAUGAGUUGACAUAUAUUGUGAAACAGGAUAUUAACAACCUGAAUAAACAGAUUGCUGAGCUGCAGACUCUGGUUCGUUUUAGAAACAGUCCAAACAGCAGACAUCUUCAGACACAUUCCAACACUAUUGUUGUUUCACUUCAGUCAAAACUGGCAUCAAUGUCAAGUGACUUCAAGGCAGUUCUGGAGGUCAGGACAGAGAAUCUAAAGCAGCAGCGAAGCAGACAAGAGCAGUUUUCUCAGUCUGCAGCCUCCACCACCUCAUUCCACAACAGCAGCUUAAGCAAUUCAGUGUUGAUGCAGGAUGAUUCUAAGAAAGCGGACAUCUCCAUAGACAUGGACCUCCGCUCCAGCCAGCAGAUGCAGCUCAUCAACGAGAAGGACUCUUAUAUUCAGGACCGUGCAAACACCAUGCAGAACAUAGAGUCUACCAUUGUGGAGCUGGGGUCUAUAUUUCAGCAGCUAGCCCACAUGGUGAAGGAGCAGGAGGAGACAGUUCAGAGGAUUGAUUCUAAUGUCGAAGACACUCAGCACGUGGACCUCGCUCAUGCCGAAAUCCUCAAGUACUUCCAGUCGGUCUCCAACAACCGCUGGCUGCUUAUCAAAUCUUCCUAAUCCUAUCAUUUUCUUUUUUGUCUUUGUGCUGUUCAUGUCUUGAAAGCUGUGAACACAUGGUUGGAUGCAGGAUUUGGAAGCACUUUAGAAGAGGCCAUGUCUGACAGGAGUUGAGGAUUGGGGAAGUAUUAGAAAGUAAAACAGUGACAUGGAGACAGUAUAAACACACUUCCUCUCCUUGCUCAGAUACUCAUUCGAUAUCUGGGUAAACUUGUAUUGCUGAGUGCUGUACACUUACAGGCAAGCUCUGUCCUUUAAUAAUGUGAUUAAGUCUGUUUCUUCUAGAAAAAAAAGUUGCACCUUUGGAACACAAGCAGUGUUAUUUGGUCCUACUAAAGUGGUGAUGUAAUACUGUCAGAAACAUAUUAUAUGUGGUCAAAAGAAUUGGGUUUUCGGUUUGGAGAAGUUUUAUGUAUAAAAAGAAAUUUCAUCUCUCUUUUUUAGUUCAGAGGAGGACCACAGGUGCUUAGAGGGCUUCAUUCAUUCAUCCUUUUAAUGGUUCACUAGUAGUUGGUUGUUGAAUAAUACAUGAAUGGCCUGAAACUGCCAUUUCAUUCUCUUAGGAUUGGUUAAGAGAUUCAGUGGCCACAUUAAGAUUCAUACAACAAUCCAGACACAGGAAAUUCUCUGGUUAAUGUCCCAGUUUUACUAGUUACAUAUCUUGGCAGUAAGCCCUUGGCAUGCACUCAUGCUUAAUGUAACUUAACAACUUCCAGUACAGAGUCGCUAAUGUUAAAUUAGCCCAUUAGAGUGGGAUAUUUGAUAGUAUGUAAGCAUCUUUUAAAAGAUUCUGUAAACUCUUGUUUGACCUUAAUAUUGUGCACAAAAGUAUUUACAAAAUAUGAUGUUUGGGCUUGGUCUUGAUUGACUCAAUGAAGAGGAAGUCUCAAGAAACUACAACAAAAACCACUUGUAGACAUUACACUGAUGUCUGAAUUGUGGGACAUUUAUCAUACGGUACAAAAGACAUCCAGUGUCAGAAAUAAUGAAAACAGUAAUUAAGUCUAAGUUAAAUAAUUAAGUCAAAACUAACUUUUUACACUAGUUAAUCACAAACAGGGUUACAGCAUUUAAGGAAUGCGACUUACUGUUCAAUCUAACAUUCCACUUCAUAAAAUGUAGGAGUACUGUGAACUGAGAAGAAUAAAACCACAUAAUGUGGAAUAUGAACUGACUGCAAGGGAUGCUUAAAGGAGGUGAAUUUAGCAUUAAUUUCCCAUAUUACCUUAACACUGCACUGUAAGUAGUCUUUAUUUGUGCUUUCAGAGAGCAUCUACUGUCUUACAGCUGCGUUCUUUUAUGUUGCAAUUAUCACUUUUCAAAAUAGCUCACUGCUUUAGACUUGAGUACUGUUGGUCAGUAGUUUGUCUACAGAUUCUCAGGUGUAGAAAAAUAUUUUCCUCAAAGCUUUGCUCAAAAUUCUAAAAAAAAAAAAAAAGAAAAAAGAAAAAAUCACAUUGGUUCUUUUAUGUUCUGACUGUAAUUUUAAUUAAGCAUUGAUCAAUAUUUCCAAACUAUGUAAGAACUGAAUCUUGGGCACUCUGUAAUAUGUGACAGUAGGUGCAUAUUUUUAUGUAAUUAAUACACUGUCUAUGAAGAAUUAAUACAAUUUCUAGAGACAUCAAAGUCCAGAAGUAAACGCUGAUUAUAUGCAUAUUCACUGGUUCAUGGUUCUUGAGUGUUACAGUACAUGUUAGAAUUCCAGUAACAUGUUAAUAAUGUUUGCCAUCCAUCUGCCCCAGUAACAUUGGUCACAAAAGGAUUUUUGUUUCCUGUAAAAGAAAACAAAACUAAAAACAUAUUUUUACAUGCUUAUGGCAAAUAUGUUUUCUGAAUUGAUAACUCACCCAUAGUUGUGGGGUUUUUAUAUAUAUUUUUUUUGGUUCCAGUGUAUGUUUCAUUAUGUAUAGUAUCCAAGCAGUACCAAGGAGAGGAUCGCCUCUAUCUUGGCAGACUACUGCAGGACACUGAAGGGGGAUGUUCCUGAGGACAAAUAUAGGCAAAAAUCAUAAAUGUG